UGUCGUCAAUUAAAAGGAUCCCGUCGGUGUGAAAAAAGAUAUAUAAUGUAUUUAGUUUUGCAAGUAUGUUUAAUCCAGACACUGUUGGUUAUUUAUAAUCUCCUAGUUUUGAUUUCUUUGAUGCUUCUGAACCGAUUUGAACUAGGGUACAGUUACAGUGCAGCUUAUUAAAUAAACUGGAAAAAGUUAUGCUGUAGUCGAAAUGUAUCCGGAAAACCACAAAACGAUCUUCGUGCUCGAUCACACGCCCUACUUUAGCAUCUCGACCGAAAGUCCCCUGGACUUUGACUUUUUGAAAACUCGGGGCCAUGGGAAUCAAAUUAUGCUGCCUCCGAUCAGCAAAUCGCUAUGGACCACGAGUAUAGAAACCUCCAUGGAGUACUGCAGGAUCGUGUGGGAUCUUUUUCCGUCCGGCAAAUUGAUCAGAUUCGUCGUGAGUGAUCAUUCGGCUCGUAUCCUGAAUACGUGGAGUCCCUCACAACAAAAUUUAACUCAUUUGAUGAAUGCAAUGGCAAUAAUCGGAGUACCGCACAGGGUGCAUCAGCAAAGCACCGACUUCUCUGUGGUACAUGGCUUGAGGGUAGCCAUCGAAGCUCUCUCGGAGAUUUCAGAGACCCAACAAGAGAAAAGGAUGGCAGGGCCAGAGGCUGCUAGUAAAUUAAUGAACAGAGGACGUGUGAUUUGUAUCACUAGUGCAAGGGACGAUGCGAGCUUGAAAAGCUUGAAGAAUAUAUUUUUGAGCCAAUUGACGGCUCAAAAUAAACAGGCUGCCUCGUCUGACACGUUGAUUCCAGUUCAUCACUGCCACCUUGUUAUAUUGAACAUAUACCCUUGUAACAUAAACUCUGAAGUAACAAAUCAAACUUUACAGGAGGUCUCUUCCGUUUUAUCGAUGGAAGUGCACUCUCUCAAAGCUACGAUCCUGCACUCGAAACUCUCCCACCUGAUCCUUGAGCACUACGAUCUAGCCAGUACAACCGUCACUGGUAUCCCGAUGAAGGAAGAACAGAACGCCAGUUCUUCCGCCAAUUACGACGUGGAGAUAUUCCACUCGUCGGAUGCCCAUCUGGCAAUUCUCAAGGGUAACGCCCAAGACUCGGCGCUGGUGAAAACGUUCCGGCGCUUCGAGGAGGGCAUGGAGUACGAGACCGUAACUCUGAAAUGGUGCACACCCAGGGGCUGCAGCGCUUCCGAAAUGCAACUGUGCAACGCCAUGCACCGCAUCACCCCCGUCGAUGUCAACAGUCGGCCGUCCUCGUGUUUGAUUAAUUUCCUACUCAACGGCAGGUCGGUCAUGCUCGAAAUGGCCAGGAAGAGCGGCAACAAGGCCAUAUCCCACCUGCUGGCAUCUCACGGUGGUGAGAUUUUCAUUCACACGCUGUCGACCACUAGAAGCGUGCUCGAAGAUCCGCCCUCUGUGAGCGAAGGGUGCGGCGGCAGAGUUACCGAUUACCGCAUCACGGAUUUUGGAGCUUUUAUGCGAAGUAACUUGUUAGUGCCCGUGAAACGGAGUCCUGGUGACACGUCCGAAGGGCCCGCUGAAAAAAUGAGGUUGCGCCUCGAGAGGCAUACGAAGUAUUGGCCCAUCGUGAUCUCGAACACCAUAAUGUACAACCUAAGAUCGAUAAUCGAUCCCCUUCCCGACUUGAUACUCAAAGAAUCGCUGACAAAGGACGAAGUAAUGCAGUGCAAACAGAUAAUCUUCAGUGUUCUCCAGCUCGAAGCCAAACACGAGAACUUGCCCGUUCCGAGUAUAGGCGGAGGCAGAGGCGCGAAAUCCAACUGCAAGCGCGAGGAACAGUACAAGCUACUGUGGAACGAACUCGAGACUUUUUUGCGCAUGCACUCGAUAACUUCGAUGAAUCAUCUGGAAGUUUUCAAUUGCUUGCUCGAAGUGAGAAACAAGGACGACAAGGACAACAAGGUCGAGCUCGACCAGGCACUCAGAGAACUUGAAGGUCUCGGCAAGGAAGAAACGACAACGCGGGCCACGGUGAUUCGCGCGACGACGGAUUCGCCAAUGUCACCUCCGCCCAGCGGCUCAACGACAACGUUAGCCAAGCAGCUUCAAAAAUCCAGCCUGUUGGCGACCAAGAGUCUACUGGACAUUUGGCUGCACCGCACGGCACCUCGUGAUCGGCGUCCGGACUUUCAUGGCCGUGCCGGUGGCCUAAAGGCCAAGCUCUACCCGAAUCUUAAAGAAAACGGGGGCGGCCAGGCAACUCGCGGUGAACCCGUCGUAGAGGCGUGACUGUGCUGGGGACGACAAAGUAUUUUUUUUUUUUUUUUUACUCGUUAGACUUUCUCAACGUGUUUGUACAUAAGAGUGUAGAUAGGAUGCUGAGAGGGGGAAAACCAUUACUUUUUAUUACUCAACGGCACUUUUGGAUUUUUAAUCGCGGCUUCGUUGACUCUCUUUUUUAUUUAUCGACAACGACACAAUCAAUUUCCCGUUGACAGUUUUUUUUUUUCAUCAGAUUAUAUUUGAAUGCCUAAGGAGUCAAGAGAGUACUUUUGAAAAAAAGAAACGAUUUUGUAAAUUUUAUAGAACUUUGAUACGAGAAGAAAUCGUGAAUAAACCAAGUUGUCAAGAGAAGUGGAUAAUCAUUGAUGCUGCAAAUCCUGAUAUACUUUUAAACAGCACAUUAUGCGUACAGCCACGCGAUAAAUCGAGCCAUCGGAUAAAAAAACCACCCCAAGUGGUACAUGGUUCAACGAUCAAACAGAAAGGAAAAAAAAAAAGAAAAAGCCAUUCGA